UGUCUCUGUUUUUACUUUCAACAUGUUUACGCGCGAAAGUAAUGAAGUAGUAAUGUUUAGAUUCGUAGUUUGACAGUAAAAACGUGUGUGUAAUCUGUUGUGUACAUAAUUCUCAGUCUUAAAGUCUAAGUAAUGAAGGCAUGCGUCGAAGUCUUGCACCUAGUCAAGCAGCUAAGAGACAGCCUCUCAGCGCAGUUCCCGAGACACUUCAAAACCAGAAGAAAAUAAGGUUAGAUAAAUCGAAAGAUGAAACGUUUAGUAGCAAACUAGCACUUAAAAAGACAUGUAUAUCGCAAGAAAUCACCCCCGUGACCGUGUCUGCACAUGAAUCUCUAAUCCGUAAGCUACUUUCAAAACCUUUUAAAAUACCAAUCCCGAAUUACCAGGGUUCUAGUCUGUCUCGCGCACUUGGAGUCGGUCGACCAAAAUGUCGUAGACCACUGCACGAUCCUUUGGAGCCGAAUGCUUUAGUUCUCUACGCACCCCCGGAACUUUCGGCUCACGAAAAGCUGAAAACUGAUGCAGAUAAACAACCUGUCCAUGUUGUUGUGGAUCCUCUUCUGUCAGCUGUAUUAAGACCUCAUCAAAGGGAAGGAGUAAAAUUCAUGUAUGAAUGUGUUACUGGUAAGCGUAUAGAUAAUGCAUACGGUUGCAUUAUGGCAGACGAAAUGGGACUUGGUAAAACCUUACAGUGUAUUACACUUAUGUGGACUCUUCUGCGACAGGGACCUGAUUGUAAACCAACAAUUGAUAAAGCUAUCGUUGUAGCGCCAAGCAGCCUGGUAAAAAAUUGGUAUAAUGAAAUAAAUAAAUGGUUGGGUGGCCGUGUUAAUGCACUCGCUAUUGACAGUGGAGGCAAAGAACAGAUAGAUAGAGACCUUAAUUCAUUUAUGCAAACAUUUUCAAAAAGACCUGUGAAUCCCAUAUUAAUCAUAUCAUAUGAAACAUUCCGUCUGCAUGCUAAAGUAUUACAUCAGAGUGAAGUGGGACUUGUACUUUGCGAUGAAGGACACAGAUUGAAGAACUGUGAGAAUCAAACUUACCAGGCUCUCAUGGGUCUGAGAGCCAAACGAAGAGUAUUGCUGUCUGGAACACCUAUACAAAAUGAUCUUCUCGAGUACUUCAGCUUGGUUCAUUUUGUGAAUGAAGGAAUUUUGGGGACAGCACAAGAGUUUCGGCGUAAGUUUGAAAAUCCAAUCCUGCGAGGUCAAGAUGCAGAUGCAACACCCGAGGAGCGCCAGAAAGGACAGGAACGUUUAGAUGAAUUAGUUGCAAUUGUGAACCGGUGUCUUAUCCGGAGAACAUCAGCUCUGCUGUCUAAAUAUUUGCCUGUUAAGAUUGAACAGGUGGUGUGUGUCCGUUUAACUGAACUGCAGCAUAAGAUCUACAGUGAUUUUAUUAACAGUGAUGCAGUAAAGCGCACUGUUGGAGCUGAAUCUUCAAACAAGGUGAGUCUGUCAGCACUAUCUUCGAUAACAUCACUGAAGAAGUUAUGCAAUCAUCCUGACUUGGUGCUUGACAAAAUACAGUCUCAAAGUGAAGGUUUUGAAAAAGCACUUGAGCAUAUGCCAGCAAAGUAUGACGGACGGACUGUAAUGCCAGAGUUGUCUGGCAAGCUGAUGCUUCUGGAUUGUCUUUUAGCUGUUGUGAAGACAACAACUAAUGACAAAGUGGUUCUGGUAUCCAACUACACACAGACAUUAGAUGUGUUCGAGAAGCUAUGCCGGCUCCGCAAUUAUCCGUAUGUUCGUCUUGAUGGGACCAUGACAAUCAAGAAACGAGCAAAGGUGGUAGAGAAAUUUAAUGACCCGCUGAGUCCUGACUUCAUAUUUAUGCUUAGUUCAAAAGCUGGAGGAUGUGGGUUGAACUUAAUUGGUGCAAAUCGCUUGGUAAUGUUUGACCCAGAUUGGAAUCCUGCAAAUGACGACCAAGCUAUGGCUCGUGUUUGGCGUGAUGGGCAACGAAAGCAAUGUUUUAUAUACAGGCUCUUGUGCACAGGUACUAUAGAGGAGAAAAUAUUCCAGCGCCAAGCUCAUAAGAAAGCUCUGAGCUCCUGUGUUGUGGACAAUGAAGAGGAUGUGGCCAGGCACUUCAGUCUUUCGGACCUGCGUGAUCUUUUCCGACUUGAAAAUGGAACACUCAGUGACACCCAUGAUAAAUUUAAGUGCACACGCUGUGUCAAUCGAAUUCAAGUGCGGCCUCCACCAGAGGGCACAGACUGCACAUCAGAUCUUUCACAAUGGAAUCACUGUGCUGAGAAGCGCACUCUUGUUGACACUGUCCUCAAACAAUGUUGGGAUGCCGGUGUGUCAUUUGUUUUUCAUCAUCGCUCACAUGAGCAAAAAGCUGUUCCUUGAUUUUCAGUAUUCUUUUAAUCUCUACAGAAACCAUGUGAAGUCUGCAUUGUGUGUUAAAUGUCUUUAUUUGUUUUCACCCCAACUAGUUUAAAAUGUUCUGUGCAAAUAUAUUUAUUACUUCUUUAUGUUGAGAGUGCUGGUGCAUGAGAAGCAGCACACCCCUCUACAGAGUGUAUGGUUUCUAUAUAAAGAAAUAAAUAUGAUUACGUAUUUUGACAA